AUGCGUAGUCUCUUUGUGCACAGAAUAUCCCAUCCCUCCCUCCGAUUCCAUUUCCUCUCUCUUCGUUCAGAUCGAACACCCACCGGUGACGGAAAACUACAACGCAGCUAACUCUCUCGCACGGACUUAUUUAUUUUGAUUUGGAGUCUCUACCUUUUUUUGAUCUUUUGCUCGAAUAAUGGGGUCAAAAUCAUUUGGAAACCUCUUGGACUUAGCCUCUGGGGAUCUUUUGGACAUUCCUCACACUCCCAGAACUCUUCCAAGAGUGAUGACAGUUCCCGGCAUCAUCGAUGGAUAUGGAGUUAGUGUAGAUGAUUCAGAUGCCAUCUCAUUACCUCUCCGCGAGCGCAAAAUCCUUGUGGCCAAUUUUCUUCCUUUGAAUGGUAAAAAGGAUUCAGAAACUGGGCAGUGGAAAUUCUGCCUGGACAAUGAUUCUCCUCUGUUACAUCUCAAAGAUGGGUUUUCUCCAGAGACUGAAGUCAUUUAUGUUGGAUCACUCAAGACGGAUGUUGAUGUUAGUGAGCAAGACGAGGUUUCUCAGAGACUUUUUGAGGAGUUCAGUUGCGUACCCACUUUCCUCCCACAAGAUGUGCAUAAAAAAUUCUACCUCGGCUUUUGUAAACAGCAGCUUUGGCCACUGUUCCACUACAUGUUACCCAUGUGCCUUGAUCAUGGUGAACGCUUUGAUCGUAGUCUUUGGCAGGCAUAUGUUUCCGCAAACAAAAUAUUUGCGGAUAAGGUGAUGGGUGUGAUUAAUCUCGAGGAAGAUUAUAUCUGGAUUCAUGACUAUCAUUUAAUGCUUCUCCCAACGUUUCUGAGGAGGCGUUUCCACAGGAUCAAGCUUGGUUUCUUCCUCCACAGCCCAUUCCCUUCUUCUGAAAUUUAUCGAACCUUGCCUGUUCGAGAGGAGCUACUAAGGGGGCUCCUAAACUGUGAUUUAAUUGGUUUUCACACCUUUGAUUAUGCAAGGCACUUCUUGUCAUGCUGCUGUAGAAUGCUUGGAUUGGAGUACGAAUCUAAGAGAGGGCAUAUUGCUCUUGACUACUUGGGCCGUACAGUUUUCCUGAAGAUUCUUCCUAUAGGUAUUCAAAUGGGAAGGCUGGAAUCAGUUCUGAAUCUUCCUGCUACAGCUGAAAAACUGAAAGAGAUUCAAGAAAAGUAUCGUGGUAAGAAGGUGAUACUCGGUGUUGAUGACAUGGAUAUAUUCAAAGGUCUGAGUCUGAAGAUUUUGGCCUUUGAACACCUCCUACAGCAAUAUCCUAACAUGCUAGGGAAACUAGUUCUCAUUCAGAUUGUCAACCCUGCCAGAGGAUCAGGUAAAGACGUUCAAGAGGCAAAGAAAGAGACGUAUUAUACUGUUAAUAGGAUCAACGAGCGUUAUGGUUCGCCUGGUUAUGAGCCAGUGGUUCUGAUUGAUCGUCCUGUUCCUCGGUUUGAGAAGUCUGCCUAUUAUGCCUUGGCGGAAUGCUGCAUAGUCAACGCAGUGAGAGAUGGUAUGAACUUAGUUCCGUACAAAUACACCGUUUGUCGACAGGGAACUCCUGACAUGGACAAAUCUCUGGGACUAAGUGAAGAUUCUCCUCGCACAAGCACGCUUGUUCUGUCUGAGUUCAUUGGUUGCUCUCCUUCUCUAAGUGGUGCGAUUAGGGUUAACCCUUGGGACGUUGAUGCGGUAGCCGAUUCAAUAUAUUCUGCUAUCACCAUGUCUGAUUUUGAGAAGCAGCUACGGCAUAAGAAACACUAUAACUACAUUAGUACACACGAUGUGGCAUAUUGGUCGCGCAGCUUUACACUGGAUUUGGAAAGGGCAUGUCGGGAUCAUUACAGUAAAAGGUGUUGGGGUGUGGGUUGGGGUUUAGGUUUUAGGCUCAUUGCUCUCUCUCCUAAUUUCAGAAGGCUAUCCAUUGAGCAAACUGUCAGUGCUUACAGAAGAUCGAGCAAGAGAGCAAUCUUUCUUGAUUAUGACGGUACUUUAGUUCCAGAGUCCUCGAUUGUAAAGGAUCCAAGUGCUGAAGUUAUGUCUGCGUUGAAGACACUGUGUAGUGAUCCUGAUAACACUGUAUUUAUUGUUAGCGGGAGGGGGAAAGUUUCUUUAAGCGAGUGGCUUGCACCGUGUGAUAAUCUUGGAAUAGCAGCUGAACACGGUUACUUCACAAGGUGGAAUAAGUCUUCUGACUGGGAAACAAGCGGCUUUUCUGAUGACCUUGAAUGGAAGAAAAUCGUGGAACCUAUCAUGAGACUGUAUACAGAAACAACGGAUGGAUCUACUAUAGAGGCGAAAGAAAGUGCUCUAGUGUGGCAUCACCAAGAUGCAGACCCGGACUUUGGUUCUUGUCAAGCCAAGGAACUACUGGACCAUCUAGAAACUGUUCUUGUAAAUGAACCCGUUGUGGUUAAUAGAGGUCACCACAUCGUUGAAGUUAAGCCUCAGGGAGUAAGCAAAGGUCUUGUCACCGGGAAAAUUCUGAGUAAAAUGCAUGAAGAAGGGAAUGCACCGGAUUUUGUGGUAUGCAUUGGGGACGACAGAUCAGACGAAGAGAUGUUUGAGAGCAUAACAACAAUCUCGGCUCAACCAUCGUCAGUGUCUGCUGAGAUAUUCGCGUGUACAGUGGGAAGGAAACCGAGCAAAGCCAAAUACUUUUUGGAUGAAGUAAGCGACGUGGUGAAGUUGCUUCAAGGACUUUCCAACACUGCUUCUAGCCCAAAGCCUAGGUAUCCUUCUCACCUCAGAGUCUCCUUUGAGAGCGUGGUGUGAGUUAGAUGAAGUCAAAGAUCAACUCAGAGUUAUUUAGGAUAAAACUGUGAAUCUGAACCAUGAUUUGUACAUAGAAAAGAUGAAAAUAAAGAGACAACACUUGUUACGGUUGGAGCCUAUGAAUCAAGGGCUUUAGUUAGGUUUUGGUACAUGUACAUAAAUAAUAAUAUUCUGUGACUUUAUGAGCAAGAGACUGAGUUCUUUCCAUAUUGUGUGUUUGUAUAUGAUCUACGUUUUUUUCAUUCCUUUUAUCAAUCUUAC